AUGGUUUACCUGAUAGUUGAAAAUAUGGCGGCUUGGAUAGAAGAUCUCACCGUAUUGGCAUUAUUACUUGAUGAAGAGGAAGAGCAAGAGCAGAAAAGGCGGAAACAAAGAAGAUGGAGUGUGCAUCCUAUGUGGAAAAAAAGACAAACCGAAGGAGAAUUCAAAAUAUACAGAAAAUUAUUGGACGAUGAAACAAAAUUUCACGAAUAUUUUAGAAUGUCCCAGUACUCGUUUAAUAUUUUAUUGGAUAAAAUUAAAUAUCGUCUUGAGAAGCAACUUACAUCUCAUACCGAUCUCGCCCAGAGAACGUUUGACUGUUUGUUUAAGAGUCUUGAUUGCUUUGUAUUGGUGGAAAAUGCGGCUCUCGUGUGCCAGAAAAAGAGAUACACCGUAACUGUAAGAGUUUCAGAAGAACAACCUUAUCAAAUAAGGGAAUACGUAUGGUGCCUGAAUUUCCCGCCAAGAUGCUCAAAGUACAAAAUAAAGUUCAAAACUGUGUACAAAACUCAAAAUCUGGUGAAAAGUAGGCCAAUAGAAGAGUGCUGUAAAGGCUAUGCCAAAAACACUGCCGAAGACGGUUGUAUUCCGGUAUGCUCAAAAAACUGCAAACAUGGUGCAUGCGUAUCUCCGGAUACUUGCCAAAUAGGAAUAAAUAGAGCGGGGCCAUCCACAGAUACUGAUGACGAUGAAGUGAAGAAAGCCAGGAUCGAUUUGUGUUCGGCUCCGUCCGCAGCCGCAGCCAGGACGGGUUAUGAUAUUGGGAAAUACGUAUGUCAUCCUCCAAGCAAUGACGAGGAAAAGCUGAGAGCAUUAAAAGAGCCUUGGAUUCCUCCGGACACAUUUAAAUUUCCAGUCACUGACACCGGUAAAAAGAAACUUUCUUUUCAACGCCAUUGGACUAACAGGUACUCAUGGCUUGUAUAUUCAAACCUCAUGCAGGGAGCACUUUGCAAAGUAUGUGUUCUACUUGGAAAAACGCAAGGUGGUCGUGGUCAUCAAGAACUUGGAGCCUUUGUUAGUAAGCCAUUUAUUAACUGGAAGAAAGCUUUAGAGAGCUUUGAUCACCAUGCAGAUACAAAGUAUCACAAAUUUGCUGUUGAGCAGGCAGCAAAUUUUGCAAGGAUCAUGGAAGGAAAAACGCUUGAUGUUACAGAAUGCUUAAAUGUAGAAAACAAUAAAAUUGCCGAAGAGAACAGAAAAAGAUUAAAAGCCAUUGUUGAAACAAUUAUUCUUUGCGGAAGGCAAGCAAUAGCACUAAGAGGAAGUCAUGAUUCUGGAGAAAUUGGGAUAAAUGAGCCUGAACAUAAUGAUGGUAAUUUUAGAGCACUUCUUCGUUUUCGUGCGCGAUCUGGCGAUGAAGCACUCAAGAAUCAUUUACUAACACAAAACAUUCACAGUAGAGCCAUGUAUACGUCAUCAGUAAUUCAAAAUGAGGUGAUUGAACUAUGUGGUAGUGCUAUUCAAACGCAAGUACUUAAUAGGGUCAAAGAGGCUGGUUUUUUUACUAUACUUGCUGAUGAAACACAAGACAUUUCACGGCGAGAACAAUUAGCGUUAUGUUUACGAUAUGUACACUGCUCAUCUGGGAAAUCGGUUAUACAGGAAGAUUUUUUAGAAUUCAUUCACGUAGAAGAUGUUUCAGCUCAAGCUUUGGCAACGACUAUUAUAUCACAUCUUUUAUCAUAUAACUUGGAUAUGGAUAAAUGGAUUGGUCAAGGCUAUGAUGGCGCUGCAGUGAUGAGCGGCCGGUUACGGGGCGUAAGAACAAUAAUCUCAGAGCAAUACCCGAAGGCGCAAUUCGUACACUGUGUUGCUCAUGUUCUUAACUUAGUUUUAGCGCAUUCAUGUGAGAUACCAAUGAUACGUAACUGUAUCGGAACCAUUAAGAGCGUAAUAAACUUUUUUCGCCAAUCACCGCUUCGCGACGGACUUUUGAAGAAAAUUGCGGAUCAAAUCAACUCAUCUCAUUCAACGCUUAUCUCUCUUUGUGAGACAAGAUGGACCGAGAAACACGUGGCUGUCGAAAGAUUUGCAGAAAUGGUUCCCGUUAUACGCGAAACACUUGGGGCACUUCAAGAUGCUGCAAGCAGCGACGUCGCUACUCAAGCAUACCAUCUUCAAACCGCUAUGGAUAACAGCCAGUUUAUUGUUUCUUUAGUUAUACUGAGAAAAGUUUUUUCAUAUACAGCAAACCUUAACAAAGCAAUGCAGAAAGUCAAUGUCGAUUUGACCAACAUUUGCGAAUAUACAAAAACGGUAAAAACGACUUUACUAAAUGUUCGGAACGAAAGUCAGUUUGCAAUCCUUUUUGAGCAAGCGCAGCAGAUGAGUUCAGGCGAUAUAGUCGUGCCAAGAAUAACUGGAAGGCAAACCCUGCGCAAUAAUAUUGCAGCAGAAACUGCCGAAAUAUACUACCGACGAAAUGUGUUUUACCCUUUCAUUGAUCAUGUUAUUGCAGAACUCGACGCUCGUUUUAAACCACAUGAAUCGACGAUCGAAGGAAUUCAAAUGCUGUUACCUGAAAAAACUAGUAAUGACUCCAGGAUAAAAGAAAAUCUUGAAAAAAUUGCACAAACAUUUCUUGGUGGAGAAAAUGAAGGCACAAUAUUUCUGAGUGAAUAUGAGAUAUGGCACAAUCACUGGAAAUCUGUAGCACAAAAACCUGCAACUGUGCUUGACGCUAUCGAUAACUGCGAUGAUCAGUUCUUCCCUUCAAUAAAAAAGCUUCUAAUUAUCUUAGCCACACUCCCAGUGUCCACUGCAACCCCUGAAAGAUCUUUCUCUACCUUAAAGAGGUUAAAAACUUACCUAAGAAAUAAAAUGGGCGAUGAAAGACUUACUGGUCUGGCUUUAAUGAGCGUACACCGAGAUCUGGCGGUGCAACUAGAUUCCGAAGAAAUUAUCAAUCAGUUAGCAAUAAAACGUAGAAGACUAAAUUUAUUAUUUUAA